AAAGCCCAACCCGUACCUCGUCUUCUAUUUUUCACGCCCUCUCUUCUUUAUCCCUAUUAAUCUAUACGCACACAAAAAUACGCACAGUAUCUUUCGUUUUCUUUUGUGUAUUGUGAAAAGCAAGUAUAAACGGCCAUCAACAUGCCUCUUUUCACGUCAAAUCUCGAGAAGGACGACCCGUCUGUUCAUGAACGCAAAGUUGUCAAGCCGGCAGCCAACACACCACUGGGUCUUCAAAAGGUGUACUUGAUGAACAAAUAUGCCAGUCGUCUCGACUUGUGGAUCAUCAUUGUUGGUAUUGUUUUAUUCGCCUGGGCAAAGAAUUGGGAAGCCAAUACAACAUACUCUGUAAUGCCCAACGUUCUCAGUUUGUUCAACGCAGCAAACAAGCUCACACUUCUCAGCACUGUCCAGUACCUGCUCCAAACCGUUCUGAUCCCGUUCUAUGCCAAACUGUCCGAUAUGUGGGGUCGCAGUGAAGUGUUUGGUGUCUCGUUAGCAUUUUACAUUGUGUCGGGUGUAACCUACGCUUGUGCUCAACAAUUUAAUGAUUUUGCGGGUGCCCAAGUAUUGUAUGCCCUCGGUGUUUCUGGAGCACACUGCAUGGGCCACGUUUUGAUUGCAGAUCUGACAAGCAAGGUCAACCGUGGUCUGUUUCAGUCAUUUUACGAUGUUCCUUCCAUCAUCAACAUCUUUGUCGCACCUAUUGCAGGUCAAGAGCUCAUGUACUCGGGCAACUGGCGCUGGGUGUACUCUAUGAUUCCUUUCUCGAUCUUGGGUACUGCCAUUAUCCUGUAUAUCGGUCUUUUCCACGUCGAAUACAAAAUGCGCAAGUCUGGCGAUCUGCAACAAGUCAAGGCACAGCUUAAAGAACACACUCCAAAGCGUUCUUUGGGCGAGCGUAUUAAAUGGGUCCUUGAGGAACUGGAUAUCAUUGGAAGUUUGCUGCUGGUCGGCGCUCUCUGUAUGCUCCUCCUCCCUCUUGUGUUGGCCGCAACGGACUUUGGUGGCUGGCAAAGCCCUACAACGAUUGGCUUGCUUGUUGGUGGCGCAGUGGCACUUGUUCUCUUUUUGGGAUACGAGUGGAAGUUGUGCAAGAAGCCCUUGAUUCCCAUGGGCAACUGGGACACGUUUACUCCAAUGGCUGGUGUCUUGUGUAUCUCCAUGAUCAGCAUUAUCACCUCGAUUCCGUGGGCCUAUUUUCAAAUGUACUUGCAGAUCUCGCGUAACUGGGACAUUAUCAAAGCCACACAUGUCGAUCGCAGUUACGACGCCGUAUAUCUCGUUUCUCAAGUCAUCGCAGGCUAUCUGAUGCGCUACUUCAAGAUCUAUCGUCCCAUCAUCCUGUCUGGCAUCGUCCUGUUCAUGGUUGGUAUGGGUAUGAUGAUCCCUUCACGUUACCCUGGUGCUUCAGAUGUCUUUUUGGUUGCCUCUCAGGUUAUCUCUGGAUUCGGUGCUGGUUGGUGUUUCGUCCCGACUUUAACUGCCGUCCAAAGCGCUGUCCCUCACAAUGAUCUUGCUAUUGCCACCGCCAUGUAUCAGGUGGGUACCACAUUGGCUUACUCGAUCGGUUCCGCCAUCGCUGGCGCUGUUUGGAACUCCCUGUUGCCUGCCGAAAUCCUCAAGCUUGUCCCAGGCGAAAUUGACGUUGCCUCCGCCAUGGGUGAUAUCGUCUAUAUUGCUGCCCUUCCGCAAGAUCAAUGGGAAGCUGUUAUUGCUGCUUAUGGCAACAUCCUCCGAAUCUUCUGCAUUGUCGGUCUGUGUCUUAGCGUGCUUGCUUUGGCAUUCGCUCUCAUGAUGAAGCCUUUCGGUCUUGAAGAUGACAAGCGUGAUGUUCUUUCCGAAGAAACGGUCUACAUUGGUGAUGAUGCUGCAAGCAGCAAGCACCACGAAGAAACGCUUGAUAUUCAUAAUGAGAAGGCUGAAGUCUCGGCUGAAAACCGCGUCUAAGCCCUUGUUUCUAUAUAAUUGUUCUCAUUGUACCUUGUACACACAACAUAUUUGAUUGCAUUCUUUCUUAAUUUAUUUUACUCAUACUAGCUAACCCUUAUAAUACAUGUAUUACCAUCCCAAAUCUCUUAUUGACAUUUAAUCAUCGUUUUCUUCAUGUACUUACACAUCUUUUUUGGCUUUUACGAGUCUUCUCGUAAUCAUGUUGGACAUGACCUAUUCAAAACCAAAUACUCAAAAUAUGUAAUUAUCUAAAAUAAAAUAUUGUUAUAUUUCUUCAUUCAGAA